AUGAAGUGUCAGUAUGCCGUUGGUACACUUGUUGUACCCUUCUGGCCUUCAGCUCAUUACUGGUCAUUAAUUAUGCACAGAUAUGGUGAUUCUCUUGUGGCCCACGUUAUUUGUGCUGCGAGGGAGGUUCUUAUUCAUGGAAGAAAUCAUAAUUCGCUGUUAGGGUCUCACCAAUUCACAGGCUAUAUUAUCGCCUUAAGAAUGGAAUUUACUGAGUAACAAUUUGGAGUUGUUCAUCAAGUGUGUUGGCACUGGCCUAAGCAAUGGUUUGAUUUCAUGAGGCACUGGCCCAAACAAUGAUUUGCAUCUUGUGACACUGGCCUAGCAAUGAUGUCUUGUUUUAAGGAUACUGGCCCAGACUCCGCCCCAAACAAUGAUCCAUUGGGCACUUUGGGAUUCCCAUCUUAUUGUCACUACACUAAGGGCGUGCGUUUUGUUCCUUUUAGUUUGUAUGUUGUGUUCUUGUUUUUUCAGAUAAUUUCUUCAAGCAAGUCAUGGAAAGGUUCCCCAGUUCUUUCGUCAUUGAAUGCCAUCAGGUUUUAGACGCGAUGUUGAAAUCCAGAGCAGAUGCUACAGCAAAAUCCUAUAUGCGAGUUAUUAAGAAGUUUUUGGAUUGGUGUAAAAGCAAGCAAAUAAGCUUUGAGCUACCUUUUCCUUUAGGCGUCGUAUCUCUUUAUUUGUUCGAAGUCCAACAGUCUUGUAGUUCCAGUUCUUCUGUAAUUUUGACCCACGCCGCCCUUAAAUGGCUACAUUCAUUUGUUCUUAGUCUUGAUGGUAACCCAUUGGAUAGCGAUUUUUGCAGAAGUAUUAUCGAAUCUGCCAAACGCCAGAGGUCACAACCGAUUGCGAAAAAGAAACCCAUUACCACAGAAAUCAUUAGGAACAUAUUGGACAUUCAUAACAAAGAAGAUUCUAAUCUGAAGGAUCUUCGUAUUGCCGCAAUUUGCUCAUUAGCUUUCGCAGGUUUUCUUCGGUAUGACGAUUUAUGUAAUAUCGUUCCGAAGCAUAUUGAGUUUCAUAAUGAUUAUAUAAGGAUUUUCUUGCCUCGAAGCAAAACCGAUAUUUAUAGGGAAGGGAAU